CCUGACAGGUAACGGCUCGCCCACCAUGAUGGAGAUCCUCAGCGUCUUGGAUAUUUCGGAAGUUAGCCCCAACUGGGUCAGUCUUGAACAUGUUAAAAUGGGAUUUAAACUCCGCCGCAUUAUAGUUGAACUAAACGAAAAUAUUAUAUAUUAACUUUUAUCACAGUAUAGCUUACAUUUUACUUUUAUCACAGUAUGGAUUACAUUUUACUUUUAUCACAGUAUAGCUUACAUUUUACUUUUAUCACAGUAUGGAUUACAUUUUACUUUCAUCACAGUAUAGAUUAUAUUAAAUCUGAAACCUUUUUAAAUUAUGGGAAAAACUAUAUUUUUUUUGGAAACUAUUUUACAUCUUGGAAUAUGCAUCCAGCAUAUCUUGGUGACCAAGCGGUCUAUAACUGGGACUCAAUUCCAACAUCUCAAGCACCACAGGAGUCAGAAUGAUCAUUGAAUUGAUCGUGGGUCCUCACAAUAAAGAAAUGAAAAAUAAAGGAAAAAGAAUAACAGAAUAAUUUAAAUCCUUUUUCAGAAUCUGAUGUUUUCGAAAUCUAUUUUUAUAGUGAUUUUCUCAUGUUUCAUCUAAGCUUUUCAACAGUUAAAAAAUAUUUUUUACUUCUCCUUAACGCCGUCCUGUUCACUAUGUUAAGUUACGUGACGUCAUUCCCGCCUUGUCUCCCGUCCCAGGUUCAAGCCAUCAACCCAGUGGUCAUGAAAGAAAUGCGAUCCUUCCGGGUCUACAAGAACAGUUUAUCUGAGCUGACUCUCUUCAUCUACAACUGCUGCCUGCAUUUCGACAAAAUGUGAGUUCAUUUACCAUCAUUUCACUGUUGAAUUGUUCACAUCAGAAGAAUGUGAAGAGAUGUUCUUGCCCACCAAAACGAUCCCCAUUUCUAUCUGUUCAGGUCCGCGAUUGCGAAAGAGAUUCUGGACGAUCCGUGCAAGUACUUCCAGAACCUGUUUCCGUCUCUUUUCAUGGCCACCUUCAGAUCGCUCAAGGCGUCAGACAGAAUCGAUCGGCCGUGCUAUAAGCCAUUCUUUUAAUGUGUUGGG